AUAACAUGAACGCAUUCCUUAGUCUUGUCUUGGCCACUUGCAUGUUGGCUUUGGCCGCUGCAGAUGUCUCUCACCUGCCGCUGGAGCUGCUGGAGGAGCAACAUGGACAAGAGCAUGGUUAUGGCUAUGAUUAUCCCAAGCCUGUGGUUCCAUUUGUUUUAACCAGCACCACCACACCAGCACCGACACCUGCGCCUACUUAUCUGCCACCAGCACCACCAACACCUGUGCCAACCUACCUGCCACCACCACCACGCACCACCACCACAACAACGCCUGCACCCACACCUGCACCCACCUAUCUGCCUCCACCACCACCAACUACGACUACAACAACCACCACAACAACAACGCCUGCCCCAACGCCAGCUCCCACUUACUUGCCACCUCCACCACCCACUACAACCACAACCAGAAGAACCACCACCACCACUACAACAACAACAACGCCUGCACCCACACCUGCACCCACCUAUCUGCCACCAAUUGUAGUUGAGGAGGAGAUUCAUGGCUAUAACUAUGAUGCACCCGCCGAGCCAUUCAUAUUCUAAGCUGCACCACCCAUAAAACCACCGUUGACCCAUCCCGGAAUGUUGUUUGUACCGUUUUUGCCUAGUCGUAAGUUUUAUAUAAGCUCGAAAUACAUUAAAUAAAUCACAUUUGUUAGCCAAUUGAUAGCGCUAAUGUCCAAGUUAA